UAAUAAUAUCAAGAAAUAAUAAUAAUACAGUGGCACUAUCAUUUGAGUUUUGCAGUUGAGUUAGAGCUAAAUGAAAUAAAUAAGAAAUUGAGCUGUUUGGGCUCGAAGGUAUGGCGCAGGAGCUUGGCAUCAGGAGAAGGAAGCUUUGGAACAAACGGAUAACAAGACAAGAAGGGUGAUGGCAGCGACUGAAGCAUUGCAUGGGAGAAGGGUGGUAUUAUAUGCAGCAUAAAUGCUUCCAGAUAGAAAGGAAGAAGUGGCUUCAGUGACUGAAAGACGUGUUGAAGGAGAGGAAAAGCAUAUUGAAUGGCUUACAAAGAUAAUUAGCUUUGGAAGAGGCGCAGGUGUGUGAGAACAAAUGGGUGUGUACCUGAGAAGCAUUUUAAGAAACAGAGGGAGGAAGAAGCUAGCGGGUGGAAAAUAUCGUUAUGGAAGUUUUUGACUAAAAUUAACAAUGUAAAUGAGGUAAAGUCAUGGGAAUGAAUGCUAAGAUCGUGUCUGAAACCAAGAACAAAGGUUUUAAUAUAUGCAGCGCAAGCGCAGUCUUUUGAAGUCUAUAAUAACGUGAAACCAUGGAUAUAGGACUGUAUCACGCAGUGGAUGCAGGACACGUCCAGCCUGCAUACAUAACAUGGCAAUGUGUUCCAAAUGGUGGAUUGGUAUAUAUUUGAUAUACAAGUCAAGCAGUAGUCUUGGCAGAAAACAUGUCAGACAGUAGUCUUGAUACUCAGGGAUUUCAGUGUACAUUGUGACCGAGUGACAAACCUGAAGACCAGAUAUUGUGAUUAAAGAUAAGAUAAAGAAAGUUUUUACUUCAUUAUUAACAUUGCAUUUCCUGGAGAUGAAUAUACAAGAGAUAAGACCAGGAAAGAUUUCAAACGUACCAGGAUUUAUGCCGUGGGGCAUAAAGGAGGGCGGAAGGAGUGCUAGUCGUGAGAACCCUUGAAGUGGGAACGAAGAAAUUAGGAUUUGGGACGAGAAUUCGUGCAUAUUAAGACCUGCAUGGAAGAGCAAGACCUCUUCAGAAAUGUGAAGAGCAGAAAAGCAGCAUCUUGCGCAGUCAAAAUCCAUAGGACCUCUGGUGAUGGCGGAAUACGGCAGGGUGACGAAGGCCUGCAACGAGCGCGGGGAGCUAUGGGAAGACCCGGACUUCCCUGCCUCACAGACGUCUGUGUUCUACCACCAGACUCCGCCAUUUACGUUCACCUGGCGACGACCUACGGAACUGGUGCAGAAUCCGAUCUUCAUCUCUGAGGAAAAUUACCAGUUCGACAUCGUUCACGGCAAGCUGGGUGACAGGUGGUUCGUGUCGUGCCUGGGAUGCCUCCACCUGACGAAAGGCCUCUUCUACAGGGUGGUGCCAGCCGACCAGGACUUUCAGCCCGAGGCCGGCUACUGUGGUGUGUUUAGAUUCCGUGUGUGGUGGUGCGGUGAGUGGCGGGAGGUGCUUGUGGACGACAGACUUCCCACCGUCAACGGAAAGCUGGUGUUCGUCCACUCGCAAUCAACCAACCAGUUUUGGCCUGCACUCUUGGAGAAGGCCUAUGCAAAGCUCCACGGGUCCUACGAGGCUCUGAAGUAUGGCACAUCCCUGGACGGCCUGUCGGACUUCACGGGCGGCGUGGCGGAGUGCGUGAGCCUGCGGGCGGACCCCACGACGUGCGGGCGGCUCCUAGCUAAACUACUCGACCUCACGUCCAUCGUCACCGCCGUCGUGACUGGCCAUAACCAUGGCCAGUCCAAGAUGCAGCCGGAAAAACUGGCCAAUGGCAUCGUUAUGGGCGUCAACUACCGCAUUUACGGCAUAGAAAAGGUUGAGCGGUAUAGCGGGGAGCAGGUGAGUCUGGUACGGCUGAGGACGCCCCUUGGAACCAGCGGAGAGUACCUGGGCAGCUGGAGAGGGCGCGACGCCCCGGAGUGGGACGACGUCCACCAGCAUGAGAGGGACCGACUUAACCUCAAGCUUACACCGGAGGGCGAAUUCUGGAUGUCCUACAGUGACUUCGUGCGGACGUUCACGCAGCUGGAAGUGAUCCACCUGGACGGAGAAACGUCGCGGGACGAGCCCUCCCUGCGCCACAAGACGCCCUGGACGUCCCGCGUAUACCAGGGCACAUGGCUCAAGGGCGUGACAGCGGGCGGGUGCAGAAACAAUACAGACACCUUCCACAUCAACCCGCAGCUCCACCUCAUCCUCAGCGACAUGGAGGAAGUCGUCAUUUCCCUGAACCAACAUUCCGUCAUGGAGCCAAAGGUAAUAGGGUUUACAGCCUACCCGCUGUCCAAGAAUGGCCUCGACUCCAUCAGCAAAGCUUUCUUCAAGAAGAACAAGUCACUCGUCAAUUCGCAGUACACCAACAGCCGACAGGUGGGCGAGCGAGUGCAGUUGGAACAAGGGGGAUACAUCCUUUUGCCGACCACCUUCGAACCCGGGCAAGAAUCUUCCUUCACUCUGAGGGUGUUCUCCUCAAAGCCUCUUAAACUCAAGCUAGUAGACACAGCCCCAUCUCUAGUGAAGCCGGCGCUGCUGAAGGCCCGAGGCUCAGUGGAUGGGAAGAGCCUACAACAGUACGAAGCCGUGUUCCUCCAGGUGGCUGAUGAACACCGCACUGUAAAUGCUUUUGAACUCCAUGAGCUGCUCGAGGCUUGCUUACCCAAUGAUUACAUCAAGAGUUGUGCUAGUCUCGACAUCUGCAGACAAGUCAUCCUGGCUCUAGAUAGUUCAUCCACAGGGAGACUGAAAUUCUCUGACUUCAAAGACUUGAUGGUGAGUCUGAAAUUCUGGCAGAAUGCCUUCAAGAGCCACACGAAGGAGCGAACUGGAAUCCUGAAAGCUGAAAGACUUCGAGAUGCCCUAGAGGAUGUCGGAUUUCAACUGAACACGGAGGUUGUAUCCACGCUGGUGCUGCGCUACAUGAGAAAAGACGGAACAUUAAGGUUCGGGGACUUUGUCAGUGCAGUUCUCCAUCUCUCAGUUGCGUUCAAUAUUUUUGAGAAGCGAGACCCUCUACAGAAUGGUGCCGUCAAAUUCUCUCUGGGCGAGUGGCUGAAAUGUGGGCUCAUGUGCUGAUUCAGAGGCAUUAGGAUAAGGAACUAAAAAUUAUAUGAAGACUAGCUUUAAAUAUUGUGCUAUAAAUACUCAUAUGUAUGAUUCUUUUAUUGUAUAUAGUACGUGUUAUAUAUAUUUUAGAGUUUAUGUACUGAGUGAUUGUGUAGUCUGUGACACUUAUUUCCUGUGUUAAUUUUGUUACGAAGCAUGUAAGAUGAAUGUAUAUUGCUUAUCAUAUUCAAAAUACAGAAGGAAAAUGAUUUCUUCAUUUCCAAAUAGUUUUUAAAACGAUGUACAGUACGCCAGAAAAAAAAUACUCUGGCAGAUGUAAAUUAUCUUUUAUACUCGCAGGAUUAGAUUUUAUAUAUUAAAAACAUUUUAUGUACAACAGUUAUUGCUAAUUUGCUAUGUAAAUAAGACAGAAAGAAAACGGUUUUCUACACCUUAAUUUGCUGCAGUUACGAAUAUCUAGGACAGCCGUGCAGGGUGGUAAUUUAUGAAAGGGCCCUUUUGUCUAAUACAUUAUGAAAGGUAUAUAUAUAUAAGAAGGCUGAUCAUUAUUUUCGUUGCUACUACUAUCAUCAUGGUUGUUAUAAUUAUAGGUGUUAUUAUUGUCAUUAUUAUUAUCAUUAUUAUCAUCAUUAUUAU